AUGACCGAGGUGCAGCGCGCGACUCACCCGAGGGGAACCGCCGCGUCGCCCCCGCGCGUGCUGACGAGGAAAGAAGCAUCGGCGGGAGAUGAUUGCCAUCCUCGCGACGACGAGCGCGAUCCUCCGUCGCGGGUCUCGGACGGACGCGCCUCCCCCGCGCCGCCCGGGGUCCGACGGUCGCGGCGUGACCUCGCGGACUCCGCCGAGGAUCUCGCGUCGGGCGCGGCGGGCUCGCCCGUGAAGCGAACGCGCGAGGGCGCGCCGCCCGACAACACCGGACCGACGCCCGCGAGCGUUCGCGCGGGAUCGUGCGCGACGGAGGAGGAGGGAGGUCCGUCCUCGGCAUCCAACGAGGCGCCGUGGGUCGCGCGCUGGCUCGCGGGCCGUGAAACCCCGGGCGGCGACACGCCGGAUGCCCACGCCGGGGACGCCGCGGGAGGCAUCCCCCGAGACGGCGACGGCGACGGCGACGGCGGCGACGACGCCCAUCGACCGUCGCCGCUGCGUCGCGCAGACUCGGGAUCGGCGCUGACGCUCCCAUCCGAACCCGCCGGCAGCGAGUUCACCACCAACUGGUUCACGCACAACGCCGACUCCCUGACCGCGGUAUUCACCCAGCUCGGCUGGAUGAACGACGGCACCCGGGCGCGACGCGUGAUCGAGAUCGGGUGCUGGGAGGGCCGCAGCACGCAGUGGCUCCUGUGCGCGCUGUGCCGGCACGCGGAUUCCGUGCUGUACUGCGUUGACACGUGGCGCGGGGGCGACCAGUACGCGGACGUGGGGUUCGACCUGGGAGGUGAGGCGCACGCGGGGUGGGCGGUGGAGGCGCGGUUCGACGCGAACGUGCGUUUGGUCACCGGCGUCGACCCCAACGAGGAGGAGGAGGAGGAGGAGGAGGAGGAGGAGGAGGAGGAGGAGGAGGAGGACAAAAACGUAGAGACGAAAACCGCGAAACUCCGUCGUACACGCGUAAACCCGGUUCGUAAGAUGAAGGCGCGCAGCCUGGACGUGCUCGCGUCGCUCCUGGCGGACGGUCGCAGCGCCGGCACGUUCGACGUGGCGUACGUGGACGGCAGCCACGCGGCGAGGGACGUCAUCGGCGAUGGGGUGAUGUGCUGGGAGCUGCUGCGGCGCGGGGGCGUCGUCGUCUUCGACGAUUACCGGUGGGACAGGGUGAUGGGCGACGCGAUACCGCCCAAGCGAUGCCCGAGGAUGGCGGUGGACGCGUUCCUGGGGAUGUUCGAGGACGAGCUGGUGGUGCUGGAGCGCGGGUACCAGGUGGUGGUGCAGAAGAUCGCCACGCGAAGGUGA